CAUCCGGAGAGAACCAGGGAACUCUUAGCCUCAACAGGGGAGUGAGUAGUGGUUGCCCAAAAUGAAAACAGGCUAUUGUUACCCACAAAGGGUAAGUACGUGCUGCGCACCGAUGCCAGGUGCUAGAUCCAAAGUCCCUUCAGCUUGAUCUGGGGGAAAAGGUGACAGAAAUAAAGGUUGAGAAGAAAUGGGAUGGGGUGGUGGGAAGACUGGAUUUCUGAGACAGAGGCCCAGAGGGAGAGGUGGAGCCAGAAUUACUCUACAAGGGAGGGCACCGCUGCCAGGUUGGCAUUGCAUGAUUCUCCACAGAUGACACAAACAGCAGGGGACCCCUCAGCCACAUCUGAUGUGGCCUUUCUAGGGCACUUUUGAGGGAGUCGAUGCGCCACCACACCCUGGUACUAUUCAGGGCACACAGUUUCUAAUUGCCACCCCACGUGAGUCCUGCUAGCCCGAGCUGUCCGAGGACAACUGUGUCCACGUGAACUGAGGAAGCUGAGCUCCACAAGAUUGGGAACCAGACCUUGGACACCCAUGGGUCCUGCCCCUCAUGGCAGGCCCCUUGGCAAGCGGCCGGCAGGCCCGCCUGUACCACACCCUACCCGAGCUUCCAGGCCUUCCUCCUGGGCCCAGGGCUCAAGGCCAUCGCAGGGAAGGACCCCAGGAGCAGGGUUUGCUUGGAGUGGACCCAGAUAAAUGCCAACUGUUCUCACUGUGAUAGGAACAGAACUGGAUGCUGAGGGCACCAAAAAUAACGGGACCGUUAUCAGGACCCACUGCCUGUCCGUGCACUCAAAGCACGAGAAAACUGUUCCUGGCUUAUCCUAACACCGGAAGGUUUUGUCUAGACAUUUCUCAAAGUAGAGUUCUCUGUUCCACCCAAGUCAGGAUCAUAAGAAUGUUUGCUAACUGCGCAGAGGCAGAGGUUUUGAUGCCAUCCAGACCUGCUAGAUGCUGGUCUCUAGACUAGAAAUUGCAUUUUGCAAAGUGGAAAGGAGGCUCGAAGAGAGCUUGUGAGCAUAUCCCAGAACUUCUGUACACAUGCUCCAGGGAGCUGGCCCAGACAGGAAAGUCCUGAUUCAUUAGGCCCUGCCCCCUCAGGCCCUUCUAUCAGGCAAUUCAAAGUCUCCAGGUCCUGCAGUUACUGAUUAACCUCCGGUUUCGAGUAAAGAAACAAUAAUAAGUGAAGGGACCAACAUAAGUAAGCCGAGAAAGAAGUCGGACAGCCCUGGGAGAGAGUGGUGCCUGACGGCAGUUGACAAUAGUCACUUGGCAAGAGUGAAAAGGAGGAUUGAAGAGUCCAGCACAGGGUCGGAAUCCAUCCCAGUCCUGGCGAGCAUGGCUGACCCUCCCUGUCCACGUCCUAGUACUGAGCAGCUCUGUUUUGCUGGCUCUGCAGCCAGGAUGUCCUGCACCGAGGCCCCGCAGCAGCCCCAGCCCGUUGCAGCAGGAGCCACCACCAUCGCUUUGGGACCUGCUGGUCAUCACCAAGGCUCCACAGAGGGUGACCUGGAAUGCCUGGUAUGCCGCGAACCCUACAACUAUGCCCGGUCACCCAAGCUGCUAAGCUGCCAACACAGCUUCUGCGCUGUCUGCCUGAAACUCCUACUGUGUGUACAGGAAGACACCUGGUCCAUCACCUGCCCGCUGUGCCGUAAGAUCACUGUGGUCCCGGGGGGCCUCAUCUGCAGUCUGCGAGACCAGGAGGCAGUGAUGGGACGGCUGGCCGGGCUGUGCGUGGAGGUGCAGCUCUGUCCCCAGGGGCUGCAGCGUUCUGCCACUUCGAGAGUGGGGUACCCCGGCUUGGCUGGCGAAGAUGAGCAAGACGCAGUGACUGCCAACCGGGUGGCAGCUCGGCGCCUGGCCGUGCACCUGCUCCUGCUUGUCCUGCUCAUCAUCCUCAUCUUGCCCUUCAUCUACCCAGGCAUCAUCCGGUGGGUGCUGGCCAUGAUUAUCGCCCUGGCCUUGCUCAUAGCCACCUUGUUCUGCUGUUACUCGCAUAACCAGGGCAGCUGCUGGCCCUGCCCCAGGACUCACUUCUGCAGAGAGCAGAAACACAGCCAGAUCGCUUCCAUCGCCUGAGAGCCCCAGGACCCUGCAGCCCAGCAGCCUCCCUGCUUCUUGGGCCUCUGACUUUCUCAACCCAUAGGGUAAGGGGUGAUGAAUUCAGCCUGGCUCCUCUGAGACUCCAUGCCGGCUGGACUUGCAUGCCUGAGCUGGAAUGACCUGUCUUGGGUUAAGAACUCCGUGCUUGGGCAACGGGCUGGCACCUGCCCUUGAUAUGGCACAGCCAUAUGUGAAGCGUGUAGGGAGGAGGCACAAAGGGCGGACUCCCGUUCCUCUCGCUGUGAUGCCCCUGGUUUUUCUGUAUAUAACUUCAACAUAUUGUAAUAUUGACCUUGCGGGACAUAUACAAAUAACACCUCUUUUA